AUGAAUACGAGAAAAUUUCUAGAAAACACGUGCGUAGUGGUAGACGAAGAUAAAUGCUCGGAUACAAUUGAAUUCGUCCAAGAAUUUGUGCGCGAAAUAAUAAAAAUAUUUAUUGUGUAUUUAGUGUAUGUACUUUCAAACACUAAUACUGUUACUCCGAGAGUUUCUAUAGUGUCUAUAAUACCGUCAACGCUGUUAAAUAACAAAAACCAAGCUUUCAAUAACCAAAAUAUCAAGUUUUUGGUGUAUAAUCCAUUUCCGUAUCAUACAACGUAUACUCAAGGCACGGAUGCUAAUAAUAGUAAUGGUACUCAAGACACGGAUGCUAAUAAUAGUAAUGGUGGUGAUGAUAUUAAAACAACAACUAACGAUAAAUUGAGUAGUAAUAACUCGAUAAACAUCCAAGAAAUUGAACAGGACCGUAAAAGAGACGAGGAAAUACAGGAAGAAACAACAACCAUCCAUAAAGUGAUAGUGAUAUUAUGUUCGUUAGGGGGUGCUCUCUUAUUGGUGGCUAUUGCGAUCGCAAUGCUUUAUUGGAAAGUUCGUCAACAACAAAAAAUUACCAGUGCUAAAUAUUUAUCUAAUCAUCACGAUGACAUUACACCUUUAUCAAGAAAUUCCGAAAAUAACAGUUAUACGGAUGGUGGUAGUGAAAAAAGUACCGCACCAACAGAACCUCCAGUUCAUCUAUUGUAUAACAUCCAAGUUCAUAAUUUACCACCACAAGCUACUGCUCCGACUGCUCCACCCGCAGAAAAAAUUGAUUUAGUGGUUAAUGAUUAUGAGGAUGAUAAUGAACAUUUACAAGGGCAACUAAAUAGAAAAGGACAUUCCUUAAAUCCUCAUCCUACGUUACCACCAGCUUACACGCCCACUGCACCUCCACUAUAUUCAUUAUCAUCUGCUCAUCAUCCAGAUUACAAUGCUGCUGGCCCUUCAAUACAAGAUAUAAUAUUAAGUACGGAGGGAGCUUAUUUUAUUCCUUCUGUUCCUGUAUAUCCAUCCUCGGCUAUCGUACGAUCAUCUACAUCACCGAUUGUAGCAAUACCACAGACAACAAUAGCUGCUACGUUGCCU